UUGUCCAAUGAUCAUUAUAAAUAGUGGACAAUAGUAUUCAGAUGUCACAAACAAAAACAAAAAAACUUUUUGUUGUACCAAGGAUGAAAACCAAGUAUUUUAUCUUAUCAUGCUUCUAUGCAUUGCUUCUGAUAUCUGUUGUGGCAAUUGAUCAUUCUAAAGUUGGAAAAACAGAAGAAUCAAAGACAAAUAUUCGGAUAGAUUGCUAUGCAUACUGGCCAAGUAGAGGUGCAAUUUGGAAAGGCAUGGAAAAGGGGGGAAAUGGUUGGUGUGGCAGUGGAAAGAUGGACGCCCCUACGUGGAGGGACAACCAACAUUGGGGCACAGAAUGGCGGAAUGGCGGUGGAAAGAAUCGCGGUACAAAAGGGCGUGGUGUGGGAUACGUGCAACCUAUUCCCAGUACGGGAAAAGGAGCCAGUGGUGGAGUAGUCUUACCCAUUCCUGGCAGUGGAAAGGAGGGCGGCAAUUGAAUCAAAUAAUAAUGAGAUUUAUGUUAUAUACGGACGUGGAUCUCAUGCAGUCAAAACAUGUUGCAGUCAUGUAGUCACUGCAUGUGAACCCUUAAUUUCAUUUUGAUCAAAUAAAUAAUAUAGUGUAAUAAAUUUGAAAGGCUGAGAUUAACCUGCAGUCAAAUAGUGAUCGCAGGGAAUCCAUUUCCAUUAUAUACAUUAGACAUAAUUAAUGUAUUUCUCUUAUCAAAAUAAUCAUUGUUCUCGAACUUUGUAAGAUCCUAAAAUUUUCUUCUAGUGAAUAUACAAAUAUUUUAUUUUA